CACCUCCGAGCAUUUCUGUUAGUGUCGUGUAGUCUCUUCGGAAAGACCGUCGCGUCGUUAGUGAGUGAUACUACGAUAUUCAAUGAUGCUAUACCCCACGCUUCUGGUCCUGGCAUCGGCAGCGCUGGCCGGCUGCGACGUGUCGCACCUCGUGGACACCACCACGGAGCCGCCGCCGCCGAAGCCCUACGUGUUCUCGUACACAGCUGGCCGCUACCCUGGACACGCUGACAGACAGCACAGCGAGGUCAGCGAUGGCAGCGGGACUGUCAGAGGCACAUUCUCGUACGUGGACCCUCGUCAGAAGCUCCGUACGGUGGACUACGUGGCCGACAAGGACGGCUUCCACCCGCUCCUGAGCGACCCGCUGCCCGACCACCCGACCGACUCCGAGGCCGUCGCGCGCGCCAAGGACAAUCACUACCAGCUGUAUGCGCAGAUCGCACAACAGCACUACGAGCAUCCUCACCCAGACGGAGCGUCAGUGCCCCGCCAGUCCGUAGCAGUAGCGGAAGCGACAGCGAAGCACGCGCAGCUGUUCCGCGUGAUCGCCGAGCAGCACGCUCGCAUAGCGGCCGAGCGCGAAGCACUGCAGCGCGAGGACGAGGAGAAGCAGCUGUAUCAAGAGCUGCAGCAGCACGAUUGAGAACGACAGCUCUGAUGAAGCAGCUUUUGGUUUCUCGAAGACUCUGGACUUAGUGGUAAAUCUGUUUUAAGUACUUACAUAUAGAUCGUUUCAUCCACGAAGACGCGCCCCACCAUUCUUCCGCUAAUGUUUUAGGCUGGAUUGCACCAUCUUCCUUUAACUUUGACAAACGUCAAAAAUCUGUCAAAUUCCAUACAAAAUACACCGAUUAUCGUUAUAGUUACGGUCAAAGUUAUGUGGUGCAACUCAGCCUAAGUGUUUUUUUACAAGCUAAAUUCUACAAUAAUGACGCUCGGAUUGCUCGGAUCAAACUCCCCGCAAAAAUUGGUGGGAUGGUCUUCGUGGAUGGAUCUAUCUAUACUUUUUGAAAUCAAACCUUUACUCUUUUGAGAUCAAACUUUUUUGUUCAUAAAACUUCUUAUGAUUGGUAGCUUAUGACAAUAUAAAAUUUAACUGAAUUUAUAGAUCGUGCAGCAAGAGUUGAGGCGAUAACAAAAACAAAGAAUUGUAUCUGUUUAUGCUGUCUGCAUUGAUGUAUUGCGUAUUCUGACUGAUUUGUUGGUUCUGUAUUCAAACAUUACAUCAGUUUGAGUAUGUUUUCGACUCAACAUUUGUUGCGCGACCUAUAAUUAAUUAUAUCACUUCAACUGACAAAAUGACAUAAGUAUCGUUCACAAAGUUAUGAUUCGAGAAACCAAAGGAUAUUCGAUUUAAUGAUUUUGCAACUUAAUCGUAAGGAUAAGGAUCUUUAAUGACACUCCAAAGAGCUUUUCGAUGGAAUUGAUGAUAAUUAGUUGUGAUUUUUACUAAUCAGUCACUCUACAAGUUCUAAAAUACUAUACUGUAGGUCUAGAAAAAUACCUAAGUACUAACUUUAUACAUUCGAAUCAUUCGAAUAUUUUAUUCUGUCUAUUGUUACAUUACGGUUUUAUUACGUUACCGAAAACUGAUAUUUUCUGAAUGAUACAUUCAUCAAAGAAUUAAUAAAAUGCGCCUUAACCUCGCAUAAUAUCAUGCGUAUUGAUAAGUAUGUAGAUUAUAAUAUUUAAGUAUUUUCAGUUACCUACACAUAAUAUUCUGUAUAAGUAUUAAAUAUUAUUUG